CCUGGAGCCGGUAGAUAGGAUGGCCAGGAAGCGUUCACCACAUUUUUCUCAUGCCAAGUCACCUUAGCCCUGUGAUAUUUCACAACAGAUCUAGUACGGUCUUGCCCUUGAUCUCCGGAGCAUUGGGAGAAUUCAGGAGGUUCUUGGGGCUUUGGAGAUGGGGAAGGCCAUUUCCUAGCAAGUCCUUGAUGGUGUGUAAUCCCCACCUGGCCCUACUGCAACCCUCGAGACCUUGUUUUCCUCCUAGCUGGCCGUUAGCUAAUCCCUCCUGAGGGGUUGGUUGACUGAUAGAGCUGUUUGUUGGCCGUGACUUUGUUUUUAAAAAGCAUAGCGUUGCUGUCUUUCAGGAGACCUGAGCAGAAGGGUCUUGACUCCAUCCUGGCUUUUUGAGACUUUCUACUUGUCUGCAGCCAGACUCUGAGACUCUGCUCCACACUGCCCACCCCCGCUCCAGGUUGGCUGUGGGCCACCCAGCUGGCAGUGAACUCCCCUUGGUGGACAGAACAGUAACAUUUCCAUUCCUUUUGGCAUUAUAAUUUCCUGUAUGUAGGGGACUGAUUUCCUCAAGGUCAGGGCAGGAGCCCUGGUGACUCAAAUAUGCUUUCUCAUUGGUUGGUAACUCCUUGAUCUCUGGGACCUGAGCAAAAGAAUGGGGGUAGGACUUGAAGCCCCCCCCCCCCCCCCCACGCUUCCCUGCUUGCUGUCAGCCCAAGGAGGCACUGGCCUGCUUGUCCAGCUCCGAGAGGCUCCCAGAAGCGAUGAUGGAAGAGUAAGGAUACACAUCCCUCAGGUCUUGGAGGCUGCUCAUUUGCCUCCUGUUCAAGUGGCCCCCUGGGCCACCUAGCAGUAUUGAGCUUUGGCCCAAGGACAGCCAGGAAUGCUUGCUUGUCUUGUGUCCUGCUUAGUGUGGUGGCACCCCAGCCAGCACCUGGGGUGGGGUCUGGAAGGACUUUUCAGGGUUCUGAGGGAGGUGCUAUCUUGACUUCCUUUGUCAAGGGAGAGAGGGAAAGCCUUGCAGACCGACUCCUGGGUUUGGUUGAAUGCAUGGGCCGGAUUCCCACGCGUGGGUGUAGAGGCCCUUGGGACGAGAAGAAACAACCCCGGGCCCUGGGAGUCUGGGCCAUAGUCCACACUGGAGGAUAUUGAAUGCUCAGCGCCCGAGGGGGCCUACAGCGCCUAGGAUCCGCCCCUCGGGGACCUCCCCUACGCAGCCCAGCGAGGCCCGCCUGCUGGCUUGGGCUCUCGCACUUCUGGCCCUUCCGCGCACAUCUGGGCAGCCGGCGAGUUAGCAUGAACGGCUCUGGGACGGGCGCCUCGGCCCCAGCCACUUGGCUGAGCUCCUGCUGCAACCAGUCCGGGGUGCUGCCCGAGCCCCCCGAGGGGCCGCCCGUUGUGCAGGCGGCGGUGCUGGGCGUGCUGUCACUGCUCGUGCUCUGCGGGGUCUUGUUCCUGGGCGGUGGCCUCCUCCUGCGUGCGGAGGGCCUGACGGCGAUGGUGCUCCGCGAGCGGCGCGCGUCCCGCGAGGCCGAGUCCAGCAGCGCCGGCCGAGGCGACGACAACUCCUAGGCACCCAUGCGCUCGAGGGCGGGGGUCGCGGCCUCCGGGGCGGCCCACACGACUCGGCCCUGCUGCGGAGAGGGGUGGGGGUGGGAGGGCUCGGUGCCCUCCCCACCCUCCCCACCCGCCGCGAGCCUGGCGCUGCGCAGAUCCCUGAGCCUUGCGUGGUCUGUUGGUCUGUCUCCCAGAGAGCUCCACUGCCAGCCUGCCAUGCUGGGGAGCUCCCGCUCCUUUGAGCCGUGAGUGUUGUGGACAGUAGCCCGGGAGAGACCUGGAUUGGGGUGAGGCCUCCACCGGGAUCCUCGCAUUCAACCCGGCCUCCGAUGUGCUCCACUCAGCCUCCUGCAGUCCGCCUGGGAGCGGCUCCCGGAAUGACCAAAUCCCCUGAGCAUCCACCGCGCGUCCAGGACACUGAAGCAGACAUAUACCCUGCAUACUCCAUGCAGCCAAUGCCGGCUGUGCCUCCUGACUUCCAGGCCUCCGAGGACAUGAGUGCAGUCCCUGUCCCAUCUCUGAUACAGGGCUGCUGUGGUCUGACAGGCCGGUGACCUGUCCCUGCUGAGGGCUGUGGUCACUGUCACCCAUUCAGAGAUCUUGGGUGCCCCAGCAAUGCCCUGUCACUUCCUGUGGCUUGUUAUUAAACACGUUGGUCAUGCAA